AGACGGAGCGCGAGAACGACAUGACUGAAGAAAAUAAUAAUACGGCAGAAUCGCUUACCGGCCAAACGCAGCAGCACGGCAGCAUCAUCACCAUCCAAACCACCCUGGGAGAUGAAGAUGAAGAUGUUCACAGAUGUGGGCGAUGUGGCGAGGAGUUUUCGGCUUUGGAUAUCUUUAUCCAACACAAGCUUAGUCGGGUUUGUAAGCAUUCGUUACAGGCCUCACAGGUGAAAGACUGCGAUAAGGAUGAAGAGCUGGCUAAUGAUGCAAACAGAUCCUCAAUGGAUGAGGACGGGGGCAGGUUAACCACGAACAGAAGGACAGGUCACACACCGAAGGAGCAUGGCGAGUCUGAAAACAGAGACAGUUUAGAGCAAAGUAAAACAGCCUUAAAGCUCAACGAGGAAGGGCGCUACGUUUGUCACGUAUGUGAGAAGACGUUCAAAACGGUAAAUAUCCUGAGGACACACUUGUCCAUUCAUACGGACAAAAAGGACUUUAAGUGUGAUCUUUGUGAGGCUGCGUUCCGAACCAAAGGCUCUCUGAUUCGCCACAACAGACGGCACACGGAUGAGCGGCCUUACCAGUGCAAUCAGUGUGGCCUCUCCUUCAGAGAGUCUGGUGCUCUGACGAGACACUUAAAGUCGCUGACACCGUGUACAGAGAAGAUCCGUUACAGCCAGUGCAAGGAGAUUCUUUUCAGCAAGGAUGGCAUUUGCACAGAAGUGCAGCAACCUCCUGUGCUCCCUGAGAAGGAGCAGCCGCUGCCUGUGGUCAGUGUGGUGCAGACGGUGCAAGAUGCCGUCCACAUCCAGGUGGUACAAGACCUAGGACAAGUUCAACAGGUGAUAUCACAGCCUGAAGCCGAAGCUGUUGCAGAAGGAGACAGUCUAAUCUGCCAAGCUAUAAUCAACUCGGGCAUUGCUCUUGAGACUGAAGCUGUCGAGGCUGCAGGACAGGCAGAGGCCCGGUCGCCUAAAGAGGUCCUUCAGAAUCCUGAGGCUGAGGGCAGAAUCUCAGAGAUUCAGGUGACUGAGGAAUGUGUAGAGGUGGAGGCAGAGACUGUGGAGACUUCAGAGAAAUGCAUGGAACUCUUUUCGUCAAAGGCGCACAAAUGUCCUCAGUGUGAGCGAACAUUCAGAACAACUUCUCACUUGCGCAUCCAUCUUAAAGGACAUGCUGGCUACAGGCCAUUUAAGUGUGUGACAUGUCAGAAGGAGUUUUUAACUGGCUAUAUGCUGAAGAAACACAUGGAGAUGCACGUGACUGAGCGCAGGUACAAGUGUGGCGAGUGUGGCAAGCUGUUCAAGGCUAUAGGACACGUACGUGAACACAUGAGGGCGCACUCCAAUGACCGGCCACACCACUGCAACCUCUGCAACAAGAGCUACAAGACUAAGAAUGCCCUUCAGGUGCACCAGCGUACGCAUGGCGAGGACAAACCGUAUGCAUGUCCAAACUGCUCUCGGGCAUUUCGUGAAAAAGGUGCUCUGGUGCGUCACAUUCGCCACCACACCGGAGAGAAACCUUUUAAAUGCUCCAAAUGUGGUCGUGGAUUUGCUGAGCAUGGCACGCUCAAUCGUCAUUUACGAUCAAAAGGGGGGUGCCCUGUAGCGCAGAAGCCAGAGGUGUUGCUGAGCCCCGAGGAGCAGCAGGAGGGUAACAGACUGGCAGAAGCGAUCAUUUCUGACGAUCCCCAUGCUGUGCUGGUGGAAUUUUCCUCCGUGGCUGACACUCAGGAGUACAUUAUAGGAACAUCAGCUGAAGAGACUGCCCAAGCAGAGGAGGUGUCUGUUAGCCGUGAUGAUUCUAACCAGUUUGACAGCCAAAUCAUAAAGGUGGUACAGCAGGUUGUGAGUCAGGCACAUGGAGGUCAGCAAAUCAUUGUGCGUAACGUGGCAGCUGAUGAGAAGCCUGGCGUUUUCGACACCGGUGACACCAUCACCAUCGCUACACCUGAGAGCCUCACCGAGCAGGUGGCCCUAACUCUCGCCAGCGCCAUCAGCAACGGUGCCCUCCUGAGCAGCUCCUCCUCAACAGAAGGCACUGCUGCAAUGGAGCAGGACGAGCAUUACGUCAUCGCUUCCUCUGACGAGAUGGAGAUUCAGACUGUUGUGGUGGUCUGAUACAAAACCAGUACACGCUGAUCUUGAGUGAAGAACAUUGUGACUGUUGCAAAAAAACACCUGUAGCAGGUUGCUCAUCUCUUUUUGCCUUAUCUUGAUUAUUCUCAAAUGUUUGCACUUACAAAAAGAGGAUAAUGAACCUGUAUUGGGUUCUUGACUUGUGUACAAUGAUUUCACAAGGCAUCGGAUUAUUUUUAUAAUCGUAUUGUUGUUACUUAGCUGCAAUUAAACCAAAUGACCCUGUUUGUUCCCCUUAUUUUUCCUUAACCACAUGUACAUAAAGCUCAUAGGAAGGUUUUAUGAAGAGGUAAAAAAGUAAAAAUAUUACACUGCAUGGUUUUUUUUUUAUUAUUAAAUAUUGUUUCAGUGCAAAUUUUAUUUAUUCUAAUUGUAAGCCAGUUAUUAGUGUCUACUGCAGGUAAUAUCAGUGGUGCUUCAGGCUUUUCUUGCUUCUCUUGAAAUGAAGUCAUACUACUUACUCACUCCUGAUUUUGCUUUGUUUUUUUUCUUUUCAGUUUGUUUUCUUCAGUACACACUGCCAAGUGCUCCUAGACUGUUUGUUUAAAGUAUUUAAUAUGAAAAUGAUUGAUAUGUUUUGCUGUCUUUUGUGAUUCAUGUUCAGCAAGCUCUUUAUGUUCAGAAGAGAUUGAGUUGUGAGUCUUGAUUCAAUCUUCUUUGUAACUGACCCUUCACAACUGUGCGCUUAGCAAGAGAUGGAUGGAGUUAGUAGAAUCACUCGCCAGGCAGAUCUGGGCCACAGCAGACAAUUUCUCACCUUGCUCUGAGGUUUUUUUUCCCCCCUACUCCCCUCCGGUCUUCCCUCCUGUCAGGUCAUAACUAAAUUUGCUGUUGCUAAGGAUAUAAUUUUUAUUACCCCUCAGGGUCCUGACAUUUUUUAUUAUUAUUUUUGGCAAAGGCUGAACUAUUAAAAUUGAUCAAAUCUAAUGACCCUUGCAACGACUUUUAGUAAACAAAAAUGCUCAUGCCCUAUAAAAAGAGUGAACAUUGUUCACAAAUCAGUCUAAAUGUGUGAUAGUGAGCACUUCUGCUUUGCUGAGA